UUGAUUUAUUUGCGGUAUCUCAACAGUACAAUGUACAACUUGGGAAGAUCCGAAUGACAUAGAUAAACAUUAAAAUUACUGAUGCAAGGAGCAAAGACUAGGCCUGCAGGGUGAACAUGGUGAAUGGCGACGUGCUUCGUCAAUACUGAGUACUACUGCUGACUGAAGACAGACUCAGUGUUUGUGCUAGUUCAUCGCUAAUCCACCGGCACCAAGUAGUUUGGAGGCAGGACUGGAGUGUCAGGCUACGUUACCAAGUAAGUAGCGUUGCUUUGACGAUGUCGCAGGCUACUGAUGUUAUCAGUAAGGCGGUGGAAGACAAAGCUGACUCGCUUCAAGAGCUCAGUGGCAAGAUUUGGUCCCACCCAGAACUUUUCUUUGAAGAGAAGUUUGCCCAUGACACGUUGACAGAGUUCUUGGAGAAGAAUGGCUUUGAAGUGGAGCGCAAGUACAAAGUGGAUACAGCGUUCAAGGCUGUGUUCCGACAGGGCAGCGGUGGUGCUAAUAUUGGUCUGAUCUGCGAGUACGAUGCUCUUCCAGACAUAGGACACGCGUGUGGACACAACCUUAUCGCUGAAUCAGGUGCUGCUGCAGCGAUAGGACUUAAAGCUGCCCUCGAGGCAAGCCCAGCCACUUCUGGCACAGUUACGUUGCUUGGAACACCAGCUGAAGAGGGUGGCGGAGGAAAGAUUCUUCUCAUCAACGCGGGUGCGUUUGCCGACAUUGAUGUUUGCCUAAUGGUACACCCAGCAGCUAUGAACAUGAUGGCAACGGGUUGUCUCUCUUACAUGGCUGGAAACGUAGUGUUCACUGGAAAAGCUGCGCAUGCCUCUGCCGCACCAUGGGAUGGCAUUAACGCACUGGAUGCAGUCGUCAAUGCAUACACGGCAUUGUCAACUCUGAGGCAGCAGAUCCACACAAACUGGCGCAUUAAUGUUAUUAUCACAGAGGGCGGUGUUAAGCCCAACAUUAUCCCCGAGAAAGCUGCGCUAGCGUUCAGUUUGAGAGCCCCGACGGACAAGGAGCUUGCUGUACUGAAAGGGAAGCUGGCGGACAUUGUGAAAGCUGCUGCGCUGGCAACUGGUUGCGAAGUGGAUCUGCAGUUUGCAGUUGACGACAGGAUUGCCUACUACUCAAACAUGAUUCCGAACAAACAGCUUGUGGAGCGAUAUCGUCAGCACUGGCUUUCGUUUGGACCUGCAGACAGCACUAUAACACCGGAUCACUUUUGGGCAUCCACGGACAUGGGCAAUGUUUCUCUCGAAGUACCUUCCAUUCAGCCAACAUUCAAUAUCGGAACGGCAGCCGAUGUACAUACCAGAGAUUUCACGGAAACGACCAACCAGCCCAAAGCACAUGCGGCCACGCGCUGUGUGUCCAAGGCAAUGGCUGCCGUUGGCUGGGAUGUACUCACUGACAGUGCCUUGCUGAAGGAGAUAAGGGAGAGCUUUCAACAACAGCUAGCAAGCUUGAAUGAGUAGCCUGGCCUCGUAAAGUGACUCCGAGUCUGUAUCAGAGUAUGUCGUGAAAUUCUAGGAUUGGUCGAGAUCACCAUACGAUGCGGCACCAACCAGAGUCUGCCCCAAAGAAUAUUGUUUUUAACUCAUAUAUUGGACACUUGUCACAUGACUGGUAAUGCUCAUUACUCAUCAUAGUAUUGGUUUGUCAGAUGCUUGUUUGUAUUCGUGGAUCCCUAUGCUGAAUGCAUCACGCUUGGAUCAUCCUAUGCUGCAUGGGCCACGCGUACUCCGUGGCAUCCUGCGGCGGAUAUCUGUGAAUGAUAUUGGUUUGUUGCAGGUGCAAUCUUGAUGAAAGAUGCUCUAAAUGAUCUAUCUGUGGAAUACCUCUUUUUUUCUUCAUUUCUUUGAAAAUGCCUAAAAUUAUCCAUACAAGCUGCUGUUUACCUGGCCACAGUUUAUAUCAAAUUGAUGUAUUGGUUUUGUUUAGCUGUACACGUCUAUGAUGACUUACCAUUUCCGCAAAGUUUAUGUCCAUUUUCCUUGCAACA